AUGUCGUCCAUCCUGCCUUUCACUCCCCCGAUCGUGAAGCGCCUGCUGGGCUGGAAAAAGGGCGAGCAGAACGGGCAGGAGGAGAAGUGGUGCGAGAAGGCAGUCAAGAGUUUGGUCAAGAAGCUUAAGAAGACGGGGCAGCUGGACGAGCUGGAGAAAGCCAUCACCACGCAGAACGUCAACACCAAGUGCAUCACCAUCCCCAGGUCCCUGGAUGGCCGGCUGCAGGUGUCCCACCGGAAGGGGCUCCCCCAUGUCAUCUACUGCCGCCUGUGGCGAUGGCCCGACCUGCACAGCCACCACGAGCUGCGGGCCAUGGAGCUGUGUGAGUUCGCCUUCAACAUGAAGAAGGACGAGGUCUGCGUGAAUCCCUACCACUACCAGAGGGUAGAGACCCCAGUUCUACCUCCCGUGUUGGUGCCCCGCCACACAGAGAUCCCGGCCGAGUUCCCCCCGCUGGACGACUACAGCCAUUCCAUCCCCGAAAACACUAACUUCCCUGCCGGCAUCGAGCCCCAGAGCAAUAUUCCAGAAACCCCACCCCCAGGCUACCUGAGUGAAGAUGGAGAGACCAGUGACCACCAGAUGAACCACAGCAUGGAUGCAGGUUCUCCAAACCUCUCCCCGAAUCCGAUGUCCCCAGCACACAAUAACUUGGACCUGCAGCCCGUCACCUACUGUGAGCCGGCCUUCUGGUGCUCCAUCUCCUACUACGAGCUCAACCAGCGCGUCGGGGAGACAUUCCACGCCUCGCAGCCAUCCAUGACAGUGGACGGCUUCACCGACCCCUCCAACUCGGAGCGCUUCUGCCUGGGGCUGCUCUCCAAUGUCAACCGGAACGCAGCCGUGGAGCUGACACGGAGGCAUAUCGGGCGGGGCGUGCGGCUCUACUACAUCGGAGGGGAGGUCUUCGCAGAAUGCCUCAGUGACAGCGCCAUCUUUGUGCAGUCUCCCAACUGUAACCAGCGCUAUGGCUGGCACCCAGCCACCGUCUGCAAGAUUCCGCCAGGAUGCAACCUGAAGAUCUUCAACAACCAGGAGUUCGCCGCCCUCUUAGCUCAGUCUGUCAACCAGGGCUUCGAGGCCGUCUACCAGCUGACCCGCAUGUGCACCAUUCGCAUGAGCUUCGUCAAGGGCUGGGGAGCCGAGUACAGGAGACAGACUGUGACCAGCACCCCCUGCUGGAUUGAGCUGCACCUGAAUGGACCUUUGCAGUGGCUUGACAAGGUCCUCACCCAGAUGGGCUCCCCUAGCAUCCGCUGCUCCAGCGUGUCUUAG